AUGGCGGCGGUUUUGGAGCUGCUGCUGCAGGAGGAGGUGCCGGUCAGCGCCGUGGUGCGGUGGCUCCGGCACGGCCCCGGCCACCGCCCGGCUGAGGAGAACCACAUCCAUGACAAGCUGGCAUCUCUUACCUCGCUUCAGAAGGAUUUUGUGCCUUUUCUGCUAAAUUUUUUAAGGGAGCAGACCAGCCAGAUCCUGACUAAUGGACCCUCUACUCCCGCUAAGACUCCUAAUUCCAAGGCCCAUGGGAGCCAAAGGACAGGAUCAGAAAGGAGGACAGGCCAUGCUACCAGCAGCCGAGUGCAGCUCUUUUCUCAAAGGACUUCAGUGACCACCUGCUCCACAGAUACCAGCUUUUCUCCUGCUGCAGCAUCCAGUGGUUCCUCUUCCUUUUCUGGGUCGAACCUGUCCAGCCCUUGUGGCGAUUUCCCCAGCGUGGUGUCCAGCAGCAGCCCGAGCUUCGGGCACAGCCCUGUGCUCCACCAUGGUGAGAAGAAGUCCUUGCAGAAGGCCAGCCUGGGGAGUUUCCUCACGGCCACGCCUGAAGCCGUGCCCGUGAGACGGGGCCGGAGGAGAGGCAGCAGCUCGGUCGGUGCCUCUGGCCGGCAGGCAGCUCGUGAGCUGGGGCACUCCCUUGCUGAAGAGGAGGAUGGGAAGAGUGACACUGGAUCGUGGAGUGGAGGGAGAAGGAAGUGGAGUGAAGCACCUCUUGUUUCUGCCAGAUCCCCACCCAGCCAGCUAAACCUUAACAACUUGGAGGAGUUUCCACCCAUGGCUGCUGCCUCUGGCUGGACGAACAAAAGCAAACCAUCGAGGCGAAUCAACCCAACCCCUGUGAGUGCUGAGCGGCCCCUCUCAAAACCAAAGACCUGUUUCACUUCUACACCCGUCAGCCGCUGCCCAGCUGCUCACUGGUCAGCUGGGUCAAGCCCUGAGGCCUUUACUGCUGUCCAGGAAGGAAACCUCUCAUCUGUGAUAAGCAACAGCCUUCAAGAGGAGAGGGAGAUGCUGAAGAAAGAACGAUGCAAAUUGCUGCACCAGGCAUCUUCUCCUGCAGGGAUAUCUUUUGAUCCUGGUACUCCAGCUAAGCCUAGCUACACUCGCAGUGCUAGCCUUCCUGCUGAAAGCCAUCUGGUGACCUGUGCAAAUCCUGCUAAGGUUUCCUGCAAGAAACAGUUGGAGUGUCUGGCACAGCUCUAUUCCUCGUGUAUAGCAGAAAACCUGGUACCAAAUAUUUUUCUGGAACUGUUUUUUGUUCUGCAACUGUUGACAUCUAAAGGCACUUCUGCUGCAGAAGAUGGGGAUAGUGACCCUGAAAUCAGUGAAAGAGAUCGAGAUGUGUCAGGGAGACAGCAUUUUGAAAGUGUGCACAACUGUGUUUAUUUUGCUGUUCGAGUCUUGGAUUAUCAAUAUGAAAUUAUUUCCCAUUUAGAAAAGGGGAUGCUGAAGCUUUUGGCUGAAAAUGAACGGAUUGCAUCGUUUUCUCCCACCUUGCACAGGAGGCUCAGACAGGCUUAUGAAAGCAGCACAGCCAAGGUGUCUCUCCUGCUGCCAUGCUCUGUACAGUCUGUUUCUUUUCAGCCAGAAACUGAUAAUCGCUCCAACUUCCCCAGUGACAGAGCGUUUCACAUAUUUAAGAAACAAAGGGAUAUAUUUUAUGAACUUCUGCGUGAAUGGGAGGAUAACCAUGAGAAAACUGGCUGGGACUUUGAAAGGGUUCUGGGCAACAAGAUCAGGGCCAUGAUGGCUCACCUGUCUGCAACCUGCAACCACAGCCGUUUUGCCAGGCUCUUUCAGAAACAGCUUAUCCAGAUGUGCAAAGGUCCUGUUGGUGGUGGUGCAAGCUGGGGAGACACUCCAGACCAGGAUGUCCUUAAUAUGCUGGGUUCUGAUAAUCUGAGCCGUCUGAAGAGGCUGCAGGAAAGAUUUGUUGUUCCUCAGAGCAUCAGAGGGCCUUGUCCACCCCCUUCGUUCCCAGGGUGCCAGCAAUUCUUCAGGGACUUCAUCCUCAGUGCUGGAAGUUACCAGUUCAAUCAGCACCUGAUGGAUAGUCUGUGCCUGAAGAUACUUGAAUUGAAUGGUCUUACUCUGGUGGAGCAUGAGCACAGUGAUGGGGAAACAGAUAUGGAGGAACAGGAUGAAAAGAAGCGUUUCACUGUGGCCCUCUUGAGUCUCCGACUCCUGGCCAAGUUCCUGGGGUUUCUUGUUUUCCUGCCCUAUCGCACUGCAGAGCAGCCAACCAGAGACUUGCAAGAUUCUGCAUUGGCUCUGAGAAACCAGACCCUGCCUGUACUGGAUAUAUUAAAGCUUCUGAGACAAUCUAUUCGGGAUCAGCGUUCUAUCCUCACUAUUCCAUGGAUUGUGGAGUACCUUUCCCUUGUGGAUCAUAUUGCUCCUUUCCUUGAUUAUUACAGGAAAGUGUUUGGUCUCUUGCUGCAGGUAUACAGGUUAAUGGUCCUUUCUGAAGACAAGGAGAUGAGUUUCCUGAACAAACUACUGAUCCUUGCAGUUCUGGGUUGGCUUUUUCAGGUUCCAUCAGUCCCUGAGGAGUUGUUUUUUACUACUGACGAGAGGCAGGAGAGAUUUGUGAUGGAUACUGUGACAUCUGCUCAGGCUUUGGACUUUGUACCCUUGGUGGAUCAGCAGUUACUUUAUACCUGCUGUCCGUAUCUUGGUGAACUGCGUAAACUACUUGCCUCUUUUGUGGCUGGUAGUGGAGGGAAAAAUGGUGGUUUUAUAAGGAAAAUCACUCCCACAGCUGCAGAGUCCUUAGCACCCAAGGCUUCUGUCACACAGCGGAAACUGCAGGUAGAUUUGGAACAGGCCUUUUUCCACAACCAGCCUCCUUCCCUACGGAGAACAGUGGAAUUUGUGGCAGAGAGGGUGGGAUCCAACUGUGUAAAGCACAUCAAGGCAACACUGGUAGCAGAGCUAGUUGAAAGGGCUGAAGCCAUGUUGCGAGAUAAAGUGAAGGAAGAGGAUUUUGAUCAUGACAAACUGCUUGAAGAGGUGUGCACUCAUCUGUAUGAGGAAGGGGCCCAGGCACUCAUCAAAGGCAGAGAAUUUUGUGAAAAAAAAGGUCCUGAGGCAGUAAGGGUGUUGUUGCCAGAAGAGACAUCUGCAGCAGUUUUAAGUAGUGCAGAAAGCAUUGCGGUGAAACUGGCUACUGAGAAAGCCUGUGGCUGGCUCUCUGCCAACAUUGCAGCACUCAUCAAAAGGGAAGUGAAGGCAACCUUCAACAGAAUGCUGAAAGUCCCAGGAUUUCCCUUGCCAGGUGAGGAUGCUCUGGAGUUGAGAAGGGACUGUCCUCCAGGCUGUCAGCACUGUGCUCCAUUUCCCUCCCAGAUGAUCAAUGAGAUUAAGUAUGUGCUCUGUGUUGCUGUGGGCCCACGGGAGGAGGGUGAAGUGGUUGACUGCGUGUGGCUGGAGUGCUUGCUGGGAAGGUUGAGUCAGACACUUCGAUGCAGAAAGUUCAUGUGUCCCACAGCAGAGCAGCAGCUGGCCAAGUGCACAGUUGAGUUGGCAUCUUUGCUGGUUUCAGAUCGUGUUCCUCUGAGUCUUGGGAUCAAAUCCCCAGAGAAGAGCCCUGAGAGGCUGCAUGUAAAGAACAAUCCCACCUCUGGCCUUUUAAAGCUGCUCUUCUCCAUCUGGAAGGAGGACUUUGGGACAUCUGUGCCUGUGCAGCUGCUCUUCAGCAAGAAGAACAUCAGUUAUCUCGCAGAAGCCAAGCAGCGAGAGUGGGAUUUGUUCCUUUUCUUGCUUCGUGGUCUUAUAGAACAUGAAUUAAUGAGAACUAGUGAAAUCCAGACUUGCCUGCAUAGUCUUGAAGAGUUCCCUUGGCCUUCAGAUUUUGUGAAAGAGCUGAAAAGGCUGUCCCGAGUAUUUGUGUCAGAGCAUCAGACAGAGGAGCCCAGGGCUAACCCUUGUGAGCUGACCAGACAAUCUCUAGCUACUGUGACCACACAGAGUUAGCAGAGGUGGACUCUGUGGACAAACAUUACUAAUGAAGAUGCAAAUGGAAUUUUCAGAGUUUCUGAAAGGAUUGGGAGCUCUUUGCUGGGAGCACACUGAAGAUAAGAGGUCACUUUGUGCAAAACCUGCACUGAGCUUUCUGUCAUGGACAUUUUGCUGUGGUGACUCUGCUGAAGGAUUUACAUCAGCAAAUGGAUCUCCAAGUCAAAAGUCUUUUUUAAGCACCUUGAUUGUAUCUCAGAGCAGCUGUUCUUUGGACUCAGAGACUCUUUUUGUAUUUGUGCAGCACCAGGCUGUGACCAAACCCAGGAAUCAACUCAAGUUACUUUGUGAUCAGAGGGAUGGUUUCUUGGUGGCUGUGUCUUAACUCAAUGUGACUUCUCAUGUUGUCCCUUAACAAAGCCUCUACAGUCAGGGCAAGGAAGAGGUGAACCAAUAUGACACAGAGAUGUGCCUAUAUUUAUUUUUCAUUGUAAGCUCAGUGUGGAAGGUUUGAUUUUAAUUUUUUAAGACAAAUUUUAAAAAUUGAACCAUAUUAAAUAAAUCCACUAAACCAUUGAUGGCAUUUUUCCUAAAGGAUGUAGAUGCUUAAGUGUUUUUCCAUCUCUUGGAAAGAGAACUUGUAAUUUCCCAGGGCUUUUAAUAGAAAUAAGGGAUAAUAUAUCUGUUUAUAUUUUUUACUGAAGACAGUAUUUUUAAGACACUUUUAUAGUUGUGAACAUAAAUGGCAUCUGGCUGCUAUUCAUUGUUUUUUUUAUCAUUUUUCU